AUGGAUGAAAAACUUUUACCAAUCGGUAUUGAUUCUGAUCAUAUUGAUGGGCUGUUUACAGUUGUUACGGGACCGAUGGGCCAUCAGCAAGUUAAUUAUCAUAUAAUCGACGAAGAGCGCUCUCAUCAGAAGUCAAUAAAUGAAUUUCCAAACGAAAGUUCAUUAUUGAAAUCACAAUUAUCUUCAUCAACACAUAAUAACGAAAUUUUAGGUUCGGAAAUAUUGACAAAGUUAAGCCCACUGAUUGAGCUAGAAAGAUUAGCAUUUCUAAUCGAAAAUAAAUUACCGGAUAACUACGAUCGAGCAGCUCGAUUUUCGUUACCAGAGAUCGAUAGUUCUAAUCAAUAUCAAAUUAAAAACAGUAUCGACAAAAAUUUUGACUUCAAAUUUACUCUAUUUUUAAAUAUUCUAGUUACUAAUUCAUUGAGAUCGAUUCGAAAAGAACAAUCUAUUUCAAACCGAAUAACCAAUCGUCAAGAAAAAAGCGAACAAAACAUUUCUUCUUCUUCUACGAAUGAAUCAACAAUUGAAAUUCCUACACAUUGCCGCCCUCCUAUAAAUAAUACAUUACAACAGCAAGCUGAAAGUUUAUUACCCUUUUAUAUAUUCAAUGAACUAGCUCAACAUAAUGAUUCAACUGAUGCAUGGAUUUGCAUAUUUACAUACGUCUAUGAUAUAACAUCACUUAUACAGAAGACUAGAGGCACUGUCGUAUAUCAACUAUUGAGCAAAUAUGCUGGUCAAGAUAUAAGUUCAUGGUUCGAUGAACAAACGCUUGAACCACGUAAACGAAUUGAUCCUCAUACACAUGAAUCGGUUUUGUUAAUGCAACCUUUGUCCAUUAUCGAGACAUUCGGUACACCGUUUUGGAAAACGAAAGAUUUAUUAAUCGGUCGUCUUGCUGAACAUUCUCGAUAUAUUCGUCUUAUACAUAAUUUUGCUCCUAAAGAGUCAUAUCUAUUAGAAAUAGCAGAAGAAGAAACGAUCGGACAGAUAGCAAAGAAAUUCUUAAAAUACAAUUCGCAUAGUUUUUCUUAUAUAUGGCAAUACGAUGGUAAAAAACUCGAUUUUAAUAAGACUCUGACGGACAAUGGUAUACCCAAUGAAGAAUUCUUUCAUGAUCAAUAUGGAUGGAGAUCAGAUAAUGAAAAUUGUCCUACAAUUAUACUCUAUUUUUCUGAUGAUUUAACCAUUGCUUGA